AGAUUAUUAUACCUCUGACCUUCUGUCAAGAUGGACAGCAGACAGAUUGAUGCAGUUGUCACAUCAACCAACUACAGACUAGCCCCAAAGUGCCAUUUUCCAGUUCAAUUUGAAGAUGUGUACACUGCAUUAAAAUGUUUUUUACACCCCAAAAUUCUUGAAAGAUGUGUAGAUCCUGGGAGAAUUGGUAUCUCUGGAGAUAGUACUAGAGGGAAUUUAGAUGCAAGAAUGACCCAGCAGGAACACCGAGAAACUGCUGUUAAGUUUGGUUCUCCACGCAGCAGCCCAUCACAAACCAAGGAUCUGGGGAUCUUCUCACCAUACCGAGAUCAGACUGGGUCGUGUUUUUGAAGACUGUGCAGCGUUCAGUCCUGUAACAGAAACUGACAGGCAGGAAG